CCAUUCCAUUCCAUUGGAUUUGAGGCGGCCGAUGAAAGAAAUGGAAAAGAUAAAUACCGUUGGCUUCGUAACAGAUAAAGUAGAAUACACAAAAAAUAACAAGUUCAAAAUUGUCCGUGGAAAGAGGAAAUACUUGUCGUUACAACCAACUAGAAGACUUUCUUCCCUACAGUGUAUUGUGGAAAACGGAGUAGCUUCUCCCAACUGUUCAGGAAAAGUCGUGGAUGUAAAGCAGAAGCAACCUUUGACUCCGAAAGAUUGGUCAGUGUCUUCUUGGAGAAAGAAACCUGCAAAGCAACAACCAAUAUAUCCCGAUCAAGAUGCAGUGGAAAAGAUAGUUUCCCACAUCAAGCACUUACCACCUUUGGUACAAGCAGAAGAAGCAAAAUUGCUACGUUUUAGAUUAAGUGAAGUAUGCAGAGGAAGAGGGUUUGUGUUACAGGGAGGCGAUUGUGCAGAAUCUUUAGAAGAGAGCACUGAUGGAGUUCGAGAUACCGUGCGCGCUUUGUUUAAGAUGGCAAUGAUUCUCAUGUGGGGCAGUUUAGAACCCGUUGUAAAAAUUGGACGAAUUGGCGGCCAGUUUGCAAAGCCUCGAAGUGAAGAUUGGGAAGAACGAGAUGGCCAAAGAUUACCUUGUUAUCGUGGAGAUAUCGUGAAUGGCGCUCCUUUUGAUUUGGUUAGUAGGAUUCCUGAUCCUCGUAGAAUGUUAGCUGCAUAUCAGCACUCUGCAGGGACCACUAACCUUGUGAGGGCAUUGGCUUCUGGAGGAUUUGCAGAUCUUCGAAAUGUAAAGUCUUGGGGAAUGGAUUGGGCUUCCAACACGGAAAAAGGUAGGGCUUAUUUGGAUACUGCUGAAAGAAUUGAAGAAGCAGUUCGUUUUUGGGAAACAUGUGGAGUGAGUGUGCAGGAUCCUAUUAUUUACUCCACUGAAGUAUUUACCUCUCACGAAGCCUUAUUGUUACCCUAUGAAGAAGCUUUAUGUAGAAAAGACCCUUUAACAGGCGAUAUGUAUGCCACUUCUGGAGCUUUUAUUUGGAUUGGUGAGAGAACGAGGGAUUUGGAUGGAGCACAUGUUGAGUUUGCAAGAGGAGUAGCUAAUCCAAUUGGAGUGAAAGUGGGAUCUGGAAUGAAAGUUGAUGAACUUUUGUGUCUUUGUGAUAUUUUGAAUCCAAGAAAUGAAAUGGGAAGACUUACAUUAAUAACGAGGAUGGGAUCGAAGAAUUUAGCUUCCAAGUUACCGUAUUUGGUUCGAGCACUGAAGAAGGAAGGGAAAAAUGUGGUAUGGAUAACAGAUGCCAUGCACGGGAAUACUUACAAGACAAGUUCUGGAGUGAAGACGAGGUCUUGGAAUCAUAUUUUAGAAGAAGUUCGAGACUUUUUUGCUGUCCAUCGAGCAGAAGGUACUCGAGCAGGCGGUGUUCACUUUGAGAUGACUGGUAAGGAAGUGACCGAGUGUGUAGGAGGUAUGGUAGAUUUAAAAGCGGAGUCUUUAUCUGAGAGAUAUGAGUCAUUGUGUGAUCCGCGUCUCAAUCUUUCACAAAGUUUGGAACUUGCGUUUGAAAUUGCAGAGAUAUUGAAGAGACAACGACAACACAGCUGAUGAUAUUUCAUUUUCCCAUUUUUCGAACGAAUAAAAAGACUUUGAGUUGGGCAAUGAGAGUGUAU